UUAUUCCAAUCUGACCACCACACGGACGUCAUUAUUUUAAUGUUGAAUACUCAGACAAGGGUGCCAUGGAUGUAAAAGAAAGGAAACCGUAUCGAUCUCUGACUCGGCGCCGCGACACUGAGCGCCGCUACACCAGCUCUUCAGCCGAGAGUGAGGACAGCAAGGUACCCCAGAAGUCCUACAGCUCCAGCGAGACCCUGAAGGCUUAUGAUCAAGACUCCAGGUUGACCUACAGCAAUCGGGUCAAAGACAUGGUGCACCAAGAAGCUGAUGAAUUCUGCCGAGCAGGAGCCAACUUCUCCUUGCGAGAGCUGGGUCUUGAAGAUGUGACGCCCACACAUGGGACUUUGUACCGGACUGAUAUCGGGCUGCCUCACUGCGGCUACUCCAUCAGCGCCGGCUCGGAUGCCGAUACGGAGGCAGACGUGGUCAUGUCACCCGAGCACCCUGUGAGGCUCUGGGGACGCAACACCAAGUCUGGACGCAGCUCCUGCUUGUCGAGCAGGGCCAACUCCAACCUCACCCUCACCGACACGGAGCACGAGAACACCGAAACUG